AUGGAUUUCACGUGGGCUGCCUUGCAACCUAACAAAAAAACUGGGCUGUUGCACAGGGCUCGAGUCGCUACAUGGAGAUCUCAGUGUGGAGUGUGGAAGUCGACGAGCGUUUUCGCUGGCUGGAAGAUCGCGUCAGCUCCUCGCUUCGCCCGCGAGGUGAAGAUCUGAGGCGGAUGACCGUAGAUGAACACAACAGAGUUACAUUUCUGUCGUUCUGCAAUCACUCUGAGUCCCGGUGCAUAUUUGUGCACGUGGUGAGGACGGAUGCAGGAGAUGGGGAAGUAAUAAAGGUCUCCUCCUCGCCUCCUUCUCGUGUCAACGACAAAGCAAUGGUGUUUCUGAAGUGCAGCCAUGCCUCCAAACUCACCAGAGAAAACUUAGCUCAAGAUGUAAUAUAUUCAGAAUGUUCAACCAGUCCGCUGGGACACCUUGAUCUGGUGAUGCAAGAGGUGUACUUGCCCCUCAUGACACCAUCUACAGGCAGUCACACCCACACCAACGAUAAACUGCUUGACCUGCUCCACCGAAUCUCUUCAAGCAUGCAAGUCACUAAUGGAUACUCACAGGGAAAGGUAGUGCUACCUCUUCCGUCGGUUACGACACUAGCACAGACAGCUUUCACAAGUCCAGACAGGCAUUCUGUGGUUGUCCAUGUGCUGGAGACGGCUGUGGUGACGUGGAUGAAACAGGUGAAAAUGGCACUCCACUGUGAGCCAACUGGAGCUAUAUCCAGGAAAGCAGGGAAAUACGCUGGACCAUUGGAGGAAAUAAAAUUCUGGGAAGCCCGCCAGCAGAGGCUGGAGUCAGUCAGAGAACAACUCUCCUCCAUCCCCAUCCUCACAAUCCUUCACAACCUGGAGCUCAUGCACAGCACCUAUGCCCAGGGCUUCUCCCACGCACAAUACAACAUAGCGCAGGCAGCUCAGGAGGCCGAGCACUGCCUUGGAUUCCUGCGAACAUGGAAGCCGUGGCUGGUUCGGCUGCACGAUGCCCAGCACCCGAGCACCGUAGCAACAUCUUUCCCUCCCGUAAUGGCCGUGUUGCUGCUCAUCUGGCAGCAUUCUGGGUACUAUGGUCAAAAGCCAGCCUUACACAGACUGCUCACUCUGCUGGCCAAUGAAGUGGUAACAAAGACCAGGGACAUAGUUGGUUGCGAUCUCCUAGGCAAUCCGACGAAGAGUCUAUCUGAUUUGAAGCUGGCUCUGCGUGUGUGUGCUGCAUUCCGUGGGUGCUACCUUGACUACAAACAGCGAGCAGACACAUGGCUAAAGACAGAGACACCAGCAGGACAAGUGACUGGAAGUGCUGUAUCGACUGGAGGAAAAGGGAGUGUGCAGGAGACCCACUGUGGCUGGCCUCUGAGGAACUCCAAGGUGUUCCAUGCCAUGAAUGUAAUCAUGGAGAGAUGCAACGACCUCAUGGAGCUAGUCCACACCAUACGCGACUUCAGUGAGCUGAGUUUAGUUGGUGAAGGAGGUCGAGGAAUAACCACUACUGAGGUGGUGAUAGGAGACGUCCAUAGCAAGUUCACAGAAGCAGUUCGGGUCUUUUCAUCAGGCAAACAGGAUCUGCUGAGCGUGGGUGGAGAGGGUCAUUUCGAGAGCCAGUUCUUUGCCUUUCGUCGCAAGGUUCAGGAGCUGGAGGGGCAGCUGGGCCGAGAGAUAGGGGUGUGGCUCCAGAGAAGCCCCUCCCUCCAGGCCAAACUGAGGAUCAUGGAGCUUUUCCAGUGGUCCUCACGUAGGGACACCGUCAGGGCCAUCUUGUCCCCGCACCACGAGUCAGUGAUGACUACCAUUCUCUCCGACAUGCAAGAUGUCCUCCACAUCCUCACAUCGUCACAGCCUCCCCUCCUCCCCCACACACCCCCCACGGCCACCAGACUACUGUGGCUCCGUGGUCUCGAGGAGAGGACCAGUGGAGCAGUGGGUGUGUUGAGGUAUGCUGCUCCUCAGCUCCUGGAGGGAGAGCUUGGCUGGAAACUUAGACAAACCUACUCUGAACUCACCGAGAGACUAAACAGCAAGAGUAAGAUAUUUGCGAGAGUUGCAGUGACACGUUGGACAUACGUACACACACACGCUAUCUCUGUUCAGUUUCAGGGAGAGGAGGAGAGGAAGUGGGUGGAUGGGGUCCCAUCUGGCCUCAGUCAAAGACUCUCAGAUAUGGUCCUAAAUUUCAUGCUUUUUGAGCAGAGAAGGGGGCCAGAUGGAGAACUAGCCGUCAACUUUGACCAGACUCUCCACCAAGUCCUGUGCGAGGCUCGCCACCUCUCGCACCCGCCACUCUCGCUGAGGAUGCCCCCUGCAAUCAAGGUCCUGACGAAGACCGUGAACCUGGAGGAGCUGCGAGACAGACGGGCGUCGCUGGAGCUGGUGCUGCAGGUCCACCGGGACACUCUGGCGGCAAUGAGUGAGGAAGAGAGACUCCUGCUGCUAGGGAAACUGCAGCACAUCCGAACGCUGUUGUCAGAGGGAGAAGAGAAGGUGAACUGGUUGAGUCCCCAGUUCCCUGACUUCCUGGCCAAGAUCAAGACGGCCAUCUGCACCGAUCUCUGCUCCUCUCUCUCCGCCCUCCACGCCUUCUCCUCCAGCCUCAGUCAGGUCACCUCCUCCUGGUCGCAGGUGUCCGGACUGGACAUAUUCGCCCGAGACGGAGAGAACACACCUGAGGGACUCAGUAACAAACACUGUGCUGUGAUUGAGCGACUGAACAGCCUCCUCCCCUCGUCCAUGUCUCGUCUCCACUCACACCUGGCCUCGGUCCAGGCCGAGGUCCACGCCAGUCCGGAGUCUCCGGCCUGGGACCAGUUCCUGCAGGUAACGGAGCACCAGGUGACGGAGGGACUGGUCAGUAUGAUCCUCACUGCGGUCGGAUCACUCCUACACAGAGCCCAGCUCUAUGAACAGGGAGUGUCAAUCCCUCCACUUAUGGUUGUGAGGCUGGAGCUGGUGGGGAGUGUGGUGAUGUUUUCUCCUCAUCUCACUCCUCACUCCUCCCUCCCCUCCAUCCCUGAGACCGUCGCGUCCUGGAUGGACAGCUACGUGGCCACCACACGACACUUGCCCAGGAUCCUCCCUGGCAGCAAGGAGAACUACCAGGACUUGCUGAGCUCCGACCCCCGAGUGCGAGGAGCCCUGGGGAAGGUGACUGCCCACCUGGAGUCCAACUCUCGCCAGGCUCAGAACCUCCGCUCCAAGUUCUCCCAGUUCUCAUUCCUCUGGGAGCACGACGUCCAGCAGACAUUCCGUGCAUUCCUCGCCGGCGAGGCCCCGCCCCAUCCGAAGCGGCUGUCUCGACCAGAGACAGUGAGGUCGCGAGGGUCGGCCAGACCUCACAGCAGUGGCAGCAGUACUCGACCCAAGAGUUCUCAGGUGUCGAUAAGCCAGUACAGUCUGCCAGCUCCUGUUCCAGCCAUGAACGUGGUCAUGGGUGUAUCAGACUGGGACUUCCUCUGCCCUACUGGCAUGGAACCGGGCCCAGAUGAAGACAUCAGCAAGCGGCCGUCUCUUGAAGAGUUUGACGGAGAACUCGCCAUAUUUCAGGGUAUCAGUGAGAGACUGAGUCGGAUUGAAGAUGAUUGUAACGUGGGGUGGUUGACGGCCAACCAACGACCAAUCAAAGACGUUCUCAUGACUCUGGUCUCCAAAUGGAAGGCAGUCUACGCUGGCUACCUAGAGAGACAGAUGUCGCAGAUGCUGACCUCACUGGAUCAGUUCCUCCAUGAAGUGGAGCCACAUGUGGAUAGAAUGGGGCUAGAGGGAGAACACGGUAUCUCUCUCAUGGAUCUCAUGACCAUCUUCAACAGAGUGAAUGGACAGCAGGUGGAAAUGGACAAGAAGUUUGGGACAGUCCACAGAGCCUUUGUGAUGCUGGACAAGUGGUCGAUCCUGAAGAGGAGAAUCUCUCUGGGGAAGCAGAGGAUGGGUCCCUCCGUACAGUCCCAGAGCGAGACCAUCACUGCAGACCUGGCCGGGUUCGGACGGCGCUACUCCACGCUACACGAGAGGUUUGAAGGAUCAGAGUGUCUGAGACGUGGCUGCAGACCCGAGGUGGCAAGAGAGGCGGCGAAGAAGGUGGAGAGGGAGUUGAGGGACCUGCAGUGUGAGGCUCUCAACCUCAUCGAGCUGCAGGAACUCCUGGGCACCAGCAUCUUCAACUUCUCCCUCCUCAAUGAGUUCCAAGAAGAGCUGUCAACCCUCUCAGAACUGUGGGAAUUCUUUGAGUAA